AUGUCUGAUCUGGAGAUUGCAGCCCAAUCAAUUAACUUUAUUUUUGCUGGCUAUGAAUCCACUAGCAGUGCUCUUUCCUUCCUUAUGUAUGAAUUGGCCACUCACCCUGAUGUGCUGAAGAACCUGCAGCAAGAGAUUGAUGAAACUUUGCCCAAUAAGGCAGUUCCCACCUUUGAUGCCCUGGUUCAGAUGGAGUACCUGGCCAUGGUGGUGAAUGAAACUCUCAGAUUAUAUCCUGUUGCUAACAGACUCGAGAGAGUCUGUAAGAAUGAUGUGCAAGUCAAUAGAAUGCUUAUUCCCAAAGGGACAGUCGUGAUGAUACCAACAUUUGCUCUUCAUCGGGACCCAGAGUACUGGUCAGAGCCUGAUGAAUUUCUCCCUGAAAGAUUCAGUAAAAAGAACAAGGACCUCAUCAACCCUUACAUAUACAUGCCCUUUGGGAAUGGACCAAGGAACUGCAUUGGCAUGAGGUUUGCUCUUAUGAGUAUGAAACUUGCUGCCAUCAGAAUCCUGCAGAACUUUUCCUUGCAACCUUGUGAGGAAACACAGGUCCCCAUGAAAUUAAGCAGACAUGUUCUUGUUCAACCAGAAAAAGCCAUUGUUCUGAAGGUUGUGCCAAGAGAUGUGAUCAUAAGUGAAGAAUGAUCUUCCUGUUGGAUUUCUGCUUUGUACUUAAAGGAGGUUGUGUACCAAAACACCUGAGAACAAUUUGCUUUCCAUUAAAAUUUACAUGAAAAUAGGCUUUGUGUAUUAUCCUUGGGGAAUGAUUAUACGUUUGUUACAAUCAUGAAGCUUAUUUACCCGGUUGAAUAUUACUUAAUAUUUAAUGUAAAGGAGACGAAUGAACUAGUGAAAAAUAU